UUUCUCUCCAUCCUCUCCGCAGAGGUAAGGCCGAAAAGACAAGCAUUUGCUCACUGAGAAAGUCGCUUUGCUAACUUCUGCUACGAGUAGACUGGAAUCAUGGUGAUCCGGUUUACCGUGACGUUCCUGUUUGCGGCCUUCUGCGUCGCAACGUUGUCGUCUGCGCAAGAUGCUAGUGCCAACGGUCGUAGGGUGCUUGUGUGGCGUCUGUCGUGGAGGUUCAGUUCUCUCCGAACUCCAGAGUUGAACACCAAGCACACAUCCUCUGUGCCAGUUCCAGUCAUCUUUCAAGAAACCGAAACACAGACGACGGAAGCACCUAAACAGACGACAAUCGAAGCAAAGACAGAAGCACAAGUCACGACACAGACGCCAGUGAGCGAGGCCCAAACGGAGAGCACGGAGUGCCCGCCGAUUCCAAACUGUGACCGGGGCUACACGUGCAAGGAAAUCCUACCACAUCCGGAUAACUGCCCCAUGUGCAAAUGCGUUCCUUGUGAAAACAAGCCGUGCUCCCCUGAAAAAGGCUACGGCUGCGUCUUUGAACAAGACAGUACAGGAUGCUUCUCUUGCCGAUGCACCAAGUGUCCAGACCUGGGUGCCACACCUUGCCACGCCCCGUGCGUUAAAACGAAGUCUACGAACGGUUGUCCCAUUUGCAAGUGUCCAGGAACGACAGGAUCUCCUGCUGCAACGGGUGCUGAAAUCGAGAAUAAGCCCCUGGGAGACGCGCCUGCCUCCAACAAUAGCUUCGACCCAUAGAACUCACGUCCACCAGUGUUUACCAUAAAUUGCUGAACUGGACGAAUGAUUAUGGGGGACUUUGAGGGUAUAGCAAUUUCUUUGCAGAGUGCAAUUUGUACAGGUCGUGCUCAAGGGUUCAGCGUCUGCAGGGACGCAAGAAAUAUUGCGUACUGUGAGUAGAGCUUAGGAGAUUAUGCCUCCGACGCCAUUCCGACUACGGGCGUCACGUGAUAUGGCUGAUAUUUCCAUUCAGUGCUUGCCGCUUUAUCGCUGUUUGUAUGGCCGAACGCCUUAAGCGUUGUAUCUUAACGACGUCUUGCUGGUAGAUCCUGUCCAACGAGGAUAUCCACCAUUAUUGCGCAGUUCCAGGCAAACAGAUUGGCGACUGGUUGUGCGAAUACACAGUUUCCUUUUUGACGCUGCCCACAGCUCAGAGGCCAACAACGGCAAGGCACCACUACUGCUCCAGUUUUCUUUUCUUUUUCUUGUUGUAGCCACCACUGGAUCAAAAGACCAUGGACACCAUUUGCUAACGUUGGAGAUAUAACUUUGUUUUCUUGUUUUAUGUUAUAAAAGUAGUGUUUGUAGUCAUGAUUUUAUGAAUGCUGUACGAAACGGGUCACAAUGCCUCGAAGAAAAGUGCCACAAACGAUACUCUCUCAACUCCUGCUACUGUACACUCAACUCAACGAACUCUAUUUAUUGUUAUAUGUCACAAAGAAAGAAAACGAAAACGUAUGCUUCUCGCAAGCUGAACAAUGUAACACCAUUUACAUAGAUUUAAAUAAAAUAAGUCACCAUCUUUA